CGCCACUCGCCACCGAUGGCGUUAGGGGUACUCUUUUCAAAAUGCGCAUCGAUACGAAAUUAGAAAAUGCACGAAAUAAAAUCUAAAUCAAUAACAAAACACUUAUUCUCACGUUCAUUAAAACAAAAGGUACAUGCAGCUCAGUGUACGACCUUCUGUCGAACAAAAAAUCCAUCAAAAUUUCUAACAUCGUAAUCGUGACUGUGUACGAUCAUUCAGAUACUUCCCGCGUUGUUCAGGAUCCCGUGCUGGUAAUUAGUCACGAGAUUCCGACACGAUAAAGGGGUAGAAUCGAUCAAGCGUGCCUUGGUAACGCAUAGCACUGAAAUUCGUCUAUUUUUUCGAUUACUCGAUAGGACAAAGACAGUCGGCAGUCAGCGACCGACGGAUGCGGAUCACUACACUGUCAACCGCAGAAAAAACAAACCUCCACAGUUUCGUGCGACUCGCAGUCGCGCCAUACCGAUUACGUUUUAUAAUUAAAACCCGGCGGUGGCAAUCCAGGUGCUGUCUAAAACACCGGACGCGACGCUUAAUUGGGAUGUCCACAUGAAGCUGUUGAAAUUCUUGCUUCGUUAUUUCCCUCCAGGUAUACCAAUCCAACCGCGCCAAUUUUGGAAUCGCAAUCUGUUUUUCCUUUUUCUCGGUGCCGUUUUAGGUCUCGCCUUGGAGUACGUACAGGGCGGUGACGUCAAGACGAAGAUGAUCGAUCUUCUGGAUCUAUCGGCAGAAACGGACAUAAGAGCAUUAGCGGAGAGUAUAAAAGCGACGGAGCCCGUAAUAACCGAAAGUGUAAUGGAGCAGUUAGUGGAGACCCUGCAGAAGCUACAAGCCAAAGUUUGCGACACAAACGCGAAACGCUACUACAAAUACAGAACCUUGCAGACCCAUCUUCUACCCCUUACGAAUAUCGCGUUCGAUAAACUAGGUAAAAGAUGCCUGACAGGCAGCUACGACAGAACGUGUAAAGUUUGGGACAUUGAGAGUGGAAAAGAGCUUCUUACUCUCGAAGGCCAUAAGAAUGUGGUCUACGCUGUGUCCUUCAACAACCCGACUUCCGACCAAAUUGUAACAGGUUCUUUCGAUAGAACAGCGAGGAUUUGGUGCUCUCGAACGGGUCAUUGUUUAACGACAAUGUGGGGUCACGAGGGUGAAGUAGUGGUCGCAAAAUUUUCACCCUCCCACAACAAAAUCGCGACAGCAUCUCUGGAUAUGACGUCGAAAAUUUUCCAAUUGGGAACAGGCGACGAAGUUGGAACGUUAAAGGGUCAUACAGCGGAAGUGAUCGCUCUGCACUUUAACAACGACGGAAAUCAAAUAAUAACAGGUUCUUUUGACGGUACUGUCAGCAUCUGGGACGUAAGAACUCUAAGGAGAACGAGUGUACUAAUAGGACACCGUUCAGAGUUAUCAAAUUGCAUCUACAAUUUCGACUGCUCUUUAAUUGCAUCCUCGUCGAUGGACAAAACAGCAAAAGUCUGGGAUACCAGGAUGAACUCCUGCUUGGCGACUCUCCGAGGUCACGACAACGAGGUCCUGGACUUGACCUUCGAUAACAAGGGGAAAAAGCUGGCGACUGCGAGCAGUGAUACCACGUCCAGGGUCUGGGACGUGGUCGCUUCUUUUCAGGAAUUGGCUUCCAUGAAAGGUCAUCGCGAUGAAGUCUCAAAAGUGUGUUUCAGUCCAAACGGGCAACAUUUGCUGACCUCAUCCUCGGAUAGAACAUCGAAAUUAUGGUCUUUAGAUAACAAUCGUUGCGUGCAAACCUUGGAAGGCCAUACAGACGAUGUUUUCAGCUGUGCAUUCUCGUACAAUGGUGAUACCAUUAUCACAGCUAGCAAGGACAAUACUUGUACUAUUUGGAGGUGACUCGAUUGGUUUCAGGUGUGCCCUUAGCUCCUCGUCGUUAUCCUAUUCGUGGUUUACGUUGUUUAUUUUUAUGCCAUUUAAACGAAUCUAGAUUUUCCCUACUUUACGAUACAGUACAAACUUGUUAUAAUCAUCGUACAACGUGAAUUACGCGAGAGCAUUGUAAAAUAAUUUUAAAUGAAAUUACUUUAAAAAUGAUCAGCUUUAAAUCAAGCCUGAAAAAUGAUGGCAAUUAAUUAGCUCGUGAAAUUUGCUUGAAUAAUGCAUAAAGAAGCUUGGACGAAUAAUGGAAUAUCGUAAACGUAUAAUAUAGGAGAAAUUUAAAUAGACAAUUUCAUUCUGGCGUUAAAUCAGAUCUCUGGUUAUUCAAUGUUGAAAUAUGUUCAUAUUAUAUGAUUCUUUAAUUAUCAAUUAUUAUCGACGAAUCAAAUAAUAUAACGUAAGUUAAUUUGGUAUAAUAAGCUUUAAACAAGUUUCGUUUAGCAAUGUUAUAUCUUAGGGUUCGAAAUUGGCUACGCGAUAAACAAAUUGUUAAUAACAUUCCAGUGUUGUAAUUAAUAAAAUACUGUAGCAUUCAUCGAAAUGGAACCACCAGCGUAACACAGUAUACGCGCAAAUAUCUGCUGGAAUGUUUAAUUAAAAUUCGCCUCUGAAAGCUUAGAAUUGCACGACAAUUUAAUCUACCGUAAUUACCUUCUUCUUGAACGUUCCGCGAUAUCUGUAAAAUUAGAAGUCUCCUUAACGAACGUUAAUUAAUCAUUUGUAUCUACGUAAGAUAGUCUCACGUUUUGUAAAUCAUUCUUAGAGGCGGUAAUUUGUUCUCUUAUAUGAAUAUGCGAUUAAAAUAAAGAUAAACAUUCGACGU